AGCUGUAAGCUGAUCAGCUCAGCGCGUAACUUAAGUUGGCCAGUUAUUUUCGUCCAUGUGAACAUUUUGAUUGGUAGUCUUUAGUAAUAGUGGCACGUCGGGAAUUUGCUUACGAAACGAUAAUUGCAACCCAUAGACUAGCUAGGUAUGUUGCAAGGGCCAACUUGUCAGCAUGUUACGUCUUUUUCCCUAUUCCGCCCUACUUAUGCGUACACUGAAAAUAAUAGGGUAGGCUAACUAAAACCAAUUUACGAUCAGGUCAUUUCAAGAUGAGUUCCACGCAACUUUUAAGUAGCUUUGGCCUAUGUUCACGAAUGGUUAGAAAGCUUUUGGAAACAGACUUUAUGUAUGAUGCAGAUGUUCAGAAUUUAACACCAACAGAACUUAGUGCAGCUUCAGGAUUGGAUGUUGAUGAUUGUGCUGAAGUUAUCAGAUUAGUGUCAGAUCCUUUACAUGUAAAGCCACACACAGUGUUACAGCUCUUAGAUGACGAGGACAAGUACAUUGUCACGUUUUGUAAGGGUUUAGAUGAUAUUCUAGGAGGAGGACUCCCAGUUGGUGCUGUUACAGAAGUCAUAGGCCCCCCUGGUAUUGGAAAGACUCAGUUGUGCCUUCAGGUUUGCAUUGGAGCUCAGCUACCAACCAGCAUCUCGGGUGUGGAUGGUGAAGUUGUUUAUAUAGACACUGAGGGAAGCUUCUCAGCUCAAAGGCUGAAAGGUUCAUCUUUUGCUACAAAGUCCCAGUGUUGUAGAGGUGAGUCUGGCCAAUUAGCCACACCUUACCCUACAUGGAUAAGUUGGAGUGCCAACCAGAGGCAGUAUCUACUUGUAGCAGCUCUCUUUUCAGAAGUUGCUGUGCAUGCCAUCCAGCACUUGAAAACAGCAAAUUUGCUUGACAGUGAUACAGUUACCUUUACAGCUGAGUCAGUUUUGAGUCAUGUCCAUUAUUUUAGGUGCCACUCCUUGUUUGAAGUUAUGGCAACCAUUAAGCAUGUUCCAGUCCUUCAGGGAGAGAAUCAGAGGAUCAAACUCAUUAUUGUUGAUUCUAUAGCAAUACCUGUAGUACAGGAUUAUCUUGACCAUAGAGUGCAUCGACAGCUUCAGUGUCAUGCAGCACAAGAACUUGCAGGCCUUGCAAUCACCUAUGGUUUAGCAGUGCUUUUUGUCAACCAUUUGACUGAAGACAAAGGGUAUGGUACUGCAGAAUCCUAUGAGCCCAAGAAUUAUGCAUCAAAGCUGUUACUAUCAAAUGAGUUGGAGAGCAAUAUGACAGAAAAUUCCACUGGAAAAUCCACUGAGGCAUGGAGUCAUUAUUUUGAUAUAAAAAUGAAAUUUAAUUGGGAAAAUGGAGUACGUGUAGCCAGAUUAAUGAAGUCUCCCCAUGGAAGUAAUUUAGCAGCAAAGUUUCAGGUAACAGCUGGAGGAAUUCGUGACCUAAUCGAAGAUGACGUGCCUGUCACUGAUGAUGAAAUUCAAAGCACAUCUUUCCAAAAUGCAGAAAGACAAGGAUCUAAGAAGAGGAAGCUGGAAAAUGUUACAGAAUGAAUUUGAUAAAAGAUUUUUUCAAGGAUUUUUAUAGCAUUUACUCUGUUCUUCUUCUGUCAUUGUUAGUUGAAGCCAGCAUUGCACUGGCAGGGGGUCCUCUUCAUCUGAACCUUCCUGUACCUGGUGAUACGGAAAAUUUGAAAUAAUUUGCAACACUUAUAAUCUUGAAGGAUUUGUUAUACUCUGUUGAUGCCAAAUUUGAAUAAUUUGUUAUACUUAGAUGAUGAUAAAUAGCCAACAAAAAUGCAGAUAUUUGAAAGAUUUUUUAUAUCAUAAUAUUGUUAUCUACCCAAGUUCUGAUUAGUCAGACUAAACAGAACACAAUUUUAGCCAUAUAAGUAAGCCAUGAACUCUUAUUUUUGUAAUAUAUUGAAUGACAAAUAAAAGUUUACUUAAA